AUGGCUCGUCCUAGGACACCAUCCCUUGUUGUCAUUGCUUAUGAUGCUACCAAGGACCGCGGUCUGCAUGAGCUUAGGCUCACUGUCAAUGGUGUCCGAAAGUGGGGCGACAUUUUAAGUAGGGGCGAUACCAUCGUUUUUCUUGGAGUCUUGGACAAGGUCCUUCACCCAUUGGGAUAUCAAGCAAAACCAUGCCUGGAUUCUAUUGAAACCAGCAUUCGUGUAGUGAAGGAAACAGUUAGAAAGAAAGUUGACGGGUAUGUUAACAUGCUUCUUCGAAGUGCCCAACAGUGUGAAGAUCAAAGGGUGAGCAUUAAAGUCAAAGUUAUUGCUGGUUGUCCAGUUAAGCAGGUUAUUUUGCAAGAGCUUAUGGCUUGUAAUGCAGCUUGGGUUGUACUUGAUAGGCACCUCAAACGAUAUUUGGAAUUUUACCUUAUGCACAUACAUUGCAAGAUAGCAGUGAUUGAAGAUAGCCUGGCUGUGGAGGUUGUGAGAGCUCAUCAAAUAGAAGACACUGAUACUGUAGAGCACAAACGGUUUUAUUCCAUGUCCAAGCGUGUUCCGGUAUUCAACUGUCAAAGGCGCUCUGCAUAUAUUGCUUCACUGGAAAGCCCCCAAAUAUGCUUGAAACCAACUCAAGGAAAACAGGAACCCCAAAGGAUAAAGGGCCGAAACCAGAGAAAAAAGCUAAUGGGGAAACAAGUGCAAGAGCCAAGAGAGAGAAUUGUAGAGAAAGAGGGGAGCCAAAAAGGAAGAAAAAUUCACUUACGCGUUGCCCGCUGCUUUUCUUGCAUUGCAAGCGAGCAUGAGGGAGCACGAAAGAUUAUAGAGGUCCCGGGUGAAGAGUGA